CAAUGAUUGAAACAUAUGUGUGCAUGUGUUUGGUGAUAGCAGUGGAGAGCCGACAUUUAUUUGAAAACACGUGCGAAGCACACAAGCACUAACCAUCGUUUAAACGCUGCUCCUAGCCACACGAUUUUUUUUUUUAAUCAAGUGAAAUAAGUUUAGCGUUUAUUUUUUGCAUUUGUUUUUUGUUUAAAUAAGUAAACAAAUUGUCGAUACGUACAAUUUGUUUGGAAAUCGAAUAAUCCAGUGCUUGUGUCGAUUAACUGAAGGAAUUUCAUAAAAAUGGGUAGACCAGAAUUCGGAGGUGGCCGUGGAGGUGGUGGCCGUGGUGGUGGCGGCGGUCGUGGUCGUGGUGCACCUCGCGGAGGAGGCGGUGGCCGAGGAGGAGGCGGUGGUCGAGGAGGAUUCGGAGGCAAACCUAGCUUCGGCGGUGGUGGUGGCCGAGGUGGUGGAGGACGUGGAGCUGGUGGUCGAGGAGGUGGCGGCCGUGGUCGCGGUGCACCAAGAGGCGGUGGCAAACCAGGUGGCUUCAAAGGAGGCAAAACCGUUAUCGUUGAGCCACAUCGUCACGACGGUGUGUUCAUUGCCCGUGGAAAGGAAGACGCAUUGGUUACACGCAAUUUAGUGCCCGGCUCCGAAGUGUACGGCGAAAAGCGCAUCUCAGUCGAAUCAACACCCGGUGAAAAAAUUGAAUACAGAGUAUGGAAUCCAUUCCGUUCAAAGUUGGCGGCUGCCAUUUUGGGUGGUGUUGACAAAAUUCACAUAACACCCGGUUCAAAGGUAUUGUAUUUGGGUGCUGCGUCCGGAACGACAGUGUCACAUGUAUCGGAUGUGGUCGGUCCCGAAGGAUUAGUAUAUGCUGUUGAAUUUUCACAUCGAUCGGGUCGUGACUUGAUAAAUGUUGCCAAAAAGCGAACAAACAUUAUCCCAAUCAUUGAAGAUGCCCGUCAUCCGCACAAAUACCGAAUGUUGGUCGGUAUGGUGGACACAGUUUUUGCUGAUGUUGCACAGCCCGAUCAAGCUCGUAUUGUGGCAUUGAAUUCACAAUAUUUCCUGAAAAAUGGUGGCCAUUUCGUUAUCUCCAUUAAAGCAUCGUGUAUCGAUUCAACGGCACAACCUGAAGCCGUUUUUGCCGCUGAAGUGAAGAAAUUGCAAGCCGACAAACUGAAACCACAGGAACAGAUCACACUCGAACCGUACGAACGAGACCAUGCCGUUGUUGUCGGAGUCUUCAGACCACCACCAAAGAGUGCUAGCUAAACAGAGAAAAACACAUCCCCACCAAUAAACACACACGCUAAGACUAUUCAAGUUUUGUAAUUUUUAAGUCAGUUUCUUUUUCCACCCGCUUCUCUUAACAGACAAAACGUUUUGAAAGCGCAAUCACACGACACAUAUUCAACGGAAGAGAGUUUUUUACACAUAUGAAAGUGUAGCAUUUUUUUUUCUUAGGAGACAACAUUCGAUUCUUUUUGACCCGAUUUUCGAAAUGUGUAGAAUUUUUCUUUAUUAUGUGAGAAUUUUUACACUUCGGAAAUAGAUACGAUGAAAUAGAUUCUGUAUUUCUUUUUUUGGGGCGCGCGCCGAUAAAACAUUCAUGUUUUUUUCGACACAUUUCACAACAACUUAGACAUUAAGACAACAGAGUAUGAAAAAGAGAAAAAAAUUUAAUGAAUUUUUUUUGAAAUAAAUGAACUAAAAACGAUUA